GGGAGAGGAAGUGGGGCAGCAGGCCAUCGGAGCUCUUGGAUCUGCUGCACGGAGCCCUGGGCCCCAUCGCGGCCACCUCCAAUGCGGCACAGCCGAGCUGCUGGGAGUGAGCAGGCAGAAGGCCGCCAUGGGACCCCACUGCCCUGGAGGCCCAUCCUCCCUGGCCCUCUGCCUCAUCCUGGCUCCUGGGACCCUGGCAGGGACCUGCACCGGCCGGCAUCCCGGGCUGAGAGCUAUGAGAGCGGCCAUGCCUUCCGGGCCUACUCCAGGCAAGGAUAUGAAGACCCCUACUGGCAAUACCCAGCAGCUGCCUACAGGGACAACUAUGCUUACCAAAGCCACCAGUGGCAGCCCACAGCCUGGCAGGGCGACAGAGAUGUGACAUGGGUUAAGCCUCACAGCAAGAGUACUGCUUAUAGGGACCAGCACUACUACAAGGGCUACCACCCCAACCUGGCUGCCAGCCCCUCAGGGCAGGAUAGGUCCCAGACCUAUGAUGCAUAUAAGGAGGGCUUCAGGCAUUCAUGGGCUGGGGUCAGCAAUAUGGGGGAGGCCACUGGCCAACCUCAAGAGCCCAGCCUGCUCCAGAAGUACCGUGAGUCAGGACUCAGCUCUAGUGGCUAUGAGCUCAGCCAAUACAUCCGUGAUGGAGCUGAACCGGACACUGUGUUUUCGGGGAGCUGGAGCCCUGUGCAAAGAGGAGGGUCCUUGGAGUCAGCUGUGGUGGCACCCCUCAAGUACCCACAGCCACAUGUGCCAGUCUGCUUGGGAGCUGGAGGGCAACUGGUGCUGGUGUGUCCCCACCGCCCCACUGAAGGGCAGCUCCCCCUGGUUGAGCUGCACAGCCUAGAGGUAAUCCUUCAAGGCACGAAAGAUCAGGAGGAGCUUCAGGCCUUCCCAGGGCCCCUGGCCAGGGAAGAUCUGCACAAGGUAGAUGUGAUGACAUUUUGCCAGCAAAAGAUAGCCUCAAGCUGUGAUCUCUCAACACAGAGAGGCAGAGAUUCAGCUCUUCUCUGGAAAUUCCUGGUCCUCCUCUGCCGACAGAAUGGGUCCACGGUGGGCUCGGACGUGGCGGAGCUGCUGAUGCAGGACCGCAGUCAACAGGAGAGAUACAAGAGGCAGGAGCCGGCGUUGGGCCCCGUCAGCCUGGUGGAUGAGGAGUGGCGGCAACUGGGGACACUGGACCUCAUCACAGGGGAAGUCCCUCCUGUGGUGGAGACACAGGCACAGAUAGUGGAGAAGUUCACCAAGCUCCUCUACUAUGGCAGAAAGAAAGAUGCACUGGUUUGGGCCAUGAGAAACCAGCUGUGGGGCCAUGCUCUCUUCCUGUCCAGCAAGAUGGACCCUCGGACCUACAGUUGGGUGCUUACUGGGUUCACCAGCACGUUGGCCACCAAUGACCCUCUGCAGACCUUCUUCCAGCUCAUGUCAGGAAGGAUCCCGCAGGCAGUGCAGAGCUGCGGGGAUGCCAGGUGGGGAGACUGGAGGCCCCACCUGGCUGUGCUGCUGUCCAACAAGGUGGGAGACCUGGAGCUGAACCACCGGGCCAUCGUCACCAUGGGAGACACCUUGGCUGGCAAGGGAGCAGUGGAGGCAGCUCACUUCUGCUACCUGAUGGCAGAUAUUCCAUUUGGUUACUUUGGGGUGAAGGCAGACCGCAUGGCUCUGCUGGGCAGCAGCCACCGCCAGGCAUUCACCCAUUUUGCCACCACCGAGGCCAUUCAGCGCAUGGAAAUCUUUGAGUACUGCCAGCAGCUGCGGCACCCCACAUCCUUCCUGCUCCCAUUCCAGGUGUACAAGCUCCUCUAUGCCUCUCGCCUAGCUGACCAUGGGAUGCCAGCCCAAGCACUGCUCUACUGUGAGCAGAUCGCUACUGUGCUCCUUCAGCAGGACCCAACCAGCCACCCCGUCCUGGCCCAGCAACUGACCAAGCUGGCUGAGCGACUGAAGCUCUGUGACCCACUGCUACUGGAGAUGCCUGAGCAGGACCUGGCGCUGGAGCCUGAGUGGCUGCUGCAGCUCCGUACCCACUGCCAACACUGCGAGGUGCAGGAUGACCUCACUCCAGAGGUGGCACCAACCCAGCCAGAGCCCUGGGAUACUGCAGCCACCCCAGGCAGAGAGAUGGACCAUGAACAGCCUCAGAGCGAUGGCCCCCAGCAUGAGCAGUGGUAUCAGCCUCCUGUGCCUGAUCCCCACCAGGAUGCGUCCAUCCAGCCCCAGGAGGUUGCAGUGUUGGGCAUGGGGCUGACUUCCCAGGAAGAACUUUGCCCUGAGCCCUCUCUGCAGGCAGUGCCAACAGCAGGUGAUGCUGAGGAGCCCCAGGAUGCCCAUAGGGUGCAGCAGCCGGUGCUGGCAGAGCUGGAAUUAAACACAAGGGCUCGCUCGGCCUCAGAGAGCUCCACGGCAUCCCUGGAGGAAGGCAGCCAGACAUCCUCAGACAGCACUGCUGAGGAGCUGGAGGGGGCAUCGGAGGACAAGAGCUCUGGAUUCCGAUGGUUUGGCUGGUUUCGGUCCAAGCCCCAGAGGGAAUCCUCUCCCAAAGCCACGACCUCAGGCUCCCCCAUGCCAGGACUGCAGGAUCGGAGGUCCCCAUCCCCACCCAGUGCUGUCCCUUCUGCUCAGCCCCCAGCAUCCCCAUCUCCUUACAGAAACCCCGUGUCGAUCGACAUGAAGGGCCAGUGGGAUGCAGAUGGCCAUGAGCCCAGCUCCCAGCAGCCAGGGAUGGUUCCGCUUUUCAACCCUGCGCAGGUUUCCCAGCUCGCUGCUGCCCGGCCCACCCAACCCAGACUGCUCUCGCAGCGCCGCUACCCCAACCCACUGUGAGUGGGGGUUGGUGUGUGUGUGUGUAAUGCUCAGAGAAAACAACAGCACUUUGUGGA